GUAGGAAAGCAGAAUCUUUAUUCUAUAAUGCAAUCAGAAUCAUGUGCUGCAUAAAUUAGUUAACUAAUGUGGUUGUGAUACUCUUUCUAAAGACUGUACAGUCCUGGCCAGGAUGGCAUAUAACAAAACAAUUUGCCAAAAAAAACAAAAAUGACAGGACAAGUGUGACCAUAAAGGUCUGCCCCAUCAUAUGACAGCUAACUAAUAAACUUCUUUAUUUAUAUCCCUAGAUUUCAUGCUUGGUAAACGAGAAUGCCUGAUUAAACCGCUUCCUGCUCCUCCUCCAAUCUCUUCAAAGGUUCUUCCAAACCUUGAGGACUGCUUGCCACCUUGCUCAACAAACAAAACUGAUUUUGUUAAUCACAAGAAUCAUAUUAGGGAAAUUGGCCAGGGCAGAGCUGCUGACACUAAAUUCAAUAGGGAUCGUCAUAAUACUCCAGCUGUUGUUUUAGCAUGUAAUGCCAUGCGUCAUCCUGGUGACAGACAGGCAUCAAUGACAGGGGCUGACUACCUACCUCCACCAAAGGGUGUUCCUUACUUGAGCCCCCAGAAGGAACCCAAAAGUAGAUAUCGAUAUCUGGACAGUGAUGGGGCCCUCCUAAGGACACCACUAUGGCCCUUACCUUCUGAGACUAAGGAGGAGUUUAUUCCUAUUGAAGAGCUGGUGACUGGUGAUUCAACAUCCAAGCUUCAAGAGAAGAAAGCAGAUUGCAAGAAGAGAAUUCAAGAUAACAGGAGCACUCAUUUUCAGUUUGGUUCAGAUGAGGAGCCCAAGCACACUGAACAGCAUGACCAGUUCUUGUCGUCAUUGCACCUUGAUCCAUCUCUUCCUGCCGCUGGGAGAAGUGAGGGCCCUGAACAAAAAUACUCUCAUGUUUAUCCAAGUGAAUCGGCAGAACAAGGGAGUCAUAGUGUGUCAAACAUCCCUGCACGAGAUAAAGUGUCCAUGAUUCAGAAUCACAUACAGCAGUUAAGUCAACACAGAUUCUUUAAUCCACGGGAUCCGAUGAAUAUAAACUUGCGAAAAGCCUUUCUGGAAUUUGACACAGGCUUGAGUGGUACAAUUUCAAAGGAUAACUUGAGAGCCGUUCUGAAAAACCUUGGAGUUGACAUGGACCAGGACACGUUUGAAAAACUCUUUGAAAUAUGUGAUACAAAUCAUACUGGUUACAUCGACUACCAAGAAUUUGCCAAACACUUGACGAAGGACCUCCCCCUGAGUCGGGGAACUAAACCUGUGGCUUCUUCAGUAAUGAAGGCGGACUUCUGCCCACCAGAACAGAGAAGAUUCACGUCCGCUCAGUUACGCACUAUAGAGAUGGCGAAAAGGAUUUCCCCUUUAUCAGUGAGCUCGCACUACUUCCACAAACAUCACUCAGGAGCACCUCGUCUGUCAACCACUGGUCAAGAUUUUAUCAGACCUGAUAGAAUGCCAGGCACUCCUCGUCUGUCUGCACGGUAACAUUGGACUGAAAACACUCACUACUUGAUGUAAACAUCACAGCCCUCAUAUCAUUGAGGCCGGAGUUUGCCAUGCGAUCAGAAAUGCCUGAAUAAUUGACUAGCGUUGACAUGUCAACUAUGCAAGGCAAUUGCAUUGAAGACGUGAACGCUAUGUUUAGACACCUCCUCGCCGGACUUUAAGGUGCUUUUCCUAAAAAGAAGUGAAAUGACAAAUAGCAUUUUUGUAGUCGCAAUUCGAAAACAGGGUUUUUGAAGUUAUUUGUUACAUAGAAAUCUCAUAAUAUCCUUGUUUCAAGGUCGUCGAUCAUUCUCCAGCCCAAGGCUUUACCAUAUUGAAUAAUUUAUAAGUCUAAUAUUAUAACAUUUUUAAUAUGGUGUAAAAUGUGUAAAUAAAGACCGGUUUUUAUUAUAUUAAUGUGCUGUUGAAUAAAAGUUGAACCACUUUUUAAGUCUAUCCAACUCGCAGUUGUAAAGAAGUUGCCGUUACAGUGUCGUUGAUUAAAACUAAACAAAGGUAUCAGUUUCUGAAUAAUAGCCAUCACAGUCAAUGCGACAUACGCGCAGCGAACGAUAAGAAGGUUCGUACUAGUAUCGUCGAGUAUACAACGGCUUUCCUGUAAUCUGAUUGGCUGUAUUUUGUAUAGCAUGGUAUAAAGUUUGAUAUGAUACAGUAUUACACACUUUGAUGCUUUCUAAAAGAACAAGAUCGGGAUCACAUACAUUGUAAAACUAGAACACAGUUUUAUUACUUUUGUCAGAUUACCGUUAAUGAUAAUUUCUACUAGAAAGGAAUCAAAGUACGCUUAAGAACAAAACACUGUUUUUGACUUGUAAUGAAAUUGGUAUUUGCAACUGGUUAUCAUUGUCAACAGUUUUAUACCCUUUUAAAUCAGUUGUACACACACCACUUCUCGUUCAAUUAAAUAGUUAAUUUGUAUUAAAUUAAUAGCUCCUAUUAAAUGUUCGUGCAAAAACAAUCAAGUUUGUUGAAGCUAAAUACUUGAUAAGGGAAACCAAUGCAAAAUUCUUGGCAAUAUUCCAAGAGAAUGCUUCGUUUUGAAGUAUUACUGCAAACCAAAAGCCUAAAGAGACUACAUGUAGAAUAUCUUCUUGCACUAACUCGAACUUUAAGACUUCAUAGAAACUUACCCCACCCCGAAUUUUAGAAACACUGGAAUUAAUUCUUCGUAGAUGUUGUUUCCUUUAUCCUUAGUUUGCUUAUACGCUGAGCUGCUUUCUAUAUUUAGUGUGUCAGUUUUGACAGCAAAAUACCCCGGCACACCCGGAAUUUUUGAAAUUUCCAUAUCACGUAAUUUCUACCUUCAAAUCUUUUGUUUUGUUCUUUGGCAGCUUGUAAACUAGAACUGCUUUUCUCCCCGGAGUCACUCAUCUCACGACGAAUCUAUUUUUUACCGAAAAUGUUCAAAUAAAAGCUAUUUAUCUUUUUGCCCUUGAUGAGCCUCAAUGGCAAAAAAGUCAUCUAUAUAGCGGUUGACACAAUAUGGCAAAGAAUGAGCUUGCCGAUUGAGUGAGGUCACACUGAAGUCACUUGUUUGCUGGCGAUGUGCAUACCAUUGGUGACAACACAUUUUCUACCAUUGUUGCUGGUCAUUUCCAGGGCAUUUUCGUCUGCUUCGCACUCGUCUCUUAACAACACUGCCUCUUCCCUUCCCGGCGUCCUAUCCGAUGUCUUCUUACAGCACCACGAAAGAAUGUCGCUCCAGCUGAAUUGUCCCCAAUCCCCUUGUGGUCCUAUUGUGCAGCAAAGGGCUUGGAAGAAGAAAGUCGAAAAGGCCCAUCCUACGGUCAUGACCAACAUCAGAAAAUGGCCCAUCUGUAAGUAGGACAGGACUCUGGACGGCAUCAUCAUUGCACCUGAAAACAACAACAAAACAAUAAUACUGACAAAGUUCCUUAAGUGAAAAAAAAAACUCUACGGCAUUGAUUGAUAAGAACAGUCGGAAGUGAAUG